GAUAAAAUCACAUACUGAAGAAUGAGCCAAUCGGAUGAAAGGAUAAGCUGCCAUCUCCGCAUGGCAACAGCCAAUCACAGCCUGGCAACCUGUUGGAGGAAACAAAGAAGCGAGCUGUGCUUUUCCACAGACUGUUAAUAUAUUAAAGUUCAACCAAUCCAUUCAUUCACUACCAGGAUCUUACACUCUGUCACCCGUACUAGAACUGUCCUUUGAACCAGGAUCUGACUGUGUGGCCCAUACCUCAAAGCAAAGGCUUUGUUACCAAGAUAUCAAGAGAUUCCUUUCACACCAUGGUUUCUGCUGGGCUAAUUACUCCCAUCAUCCUCCUGCUAGUUACCCUGUACCCACCCCCAGUCAACCCCUGCCCUCCACAAUGCACCUGCUACCCUGCCAGAGCUAGUCUGCAGGUGUUCUGUGACAACAGAGGACUGGAGAGGGUGCCUGACAACAUUCCACAAGACACCACGUAUCUGGAUCUACAUGGGAACAUUAUCGACAGGAUAGACCGGGAUGCUUUUGUUGGUCUGUUCAAGAUCCAAACAAUUAACCUUGCCUCUAACAAGAUCUCUCGGAUUGAAGAACGAGCGUUUGACCCAGCAUUGACUCUGAAGGAGCUGAUUCUUUCAGACAACAAACUGGCAGAAAUUCCAAAGGUUCAUCUACUAGAACAGCUGGAAGAGAUCGCCAUGGAUCGAAACAGCAUCUCAAUAGUCCAACACGGCACUUUUGCCUACAGUCAGAAGCUUGCAGUCCUCAAUCUUGCCAACAACAAUAUUUCCCUUCCACAGAAGAAUGUUUUCUAUGGUCUUGAUAACCUGACCAUGCUAUUUUUGGAAAACAACUUCCUUACAGAUGUCCCCAAAGAGGUAUUACAUGGCACACCAAAAUUACAGGUGCUACACCUGGAAGGUAAUCAUAUCACUGAGAUCAAAGAUGCAGCCUUCUCCCCUGUCCCUUCACUUAGAGAACUGCACCUGGGGGAGCAGAAAAUUGCUACAGUAAACUCUGGAGCAUUCCAGGACCUGCGGUAUCUAACCACCUUAGACCUACAUGAUGCCGGGUUAGACUACUUCCCCACAGUCUCACUCCUGCCUCUGUACCGUCUGCAGAACUUGUACCUCCAUAACAACCCACUCACCAACAUCCCCCUGAACAUGUUUGAAAGAAACCUGAACAUACGUGAACUGCAUCUUCACAACAUGCAGGUCCACUACCUCCACAGCGCCACGUUUGCCAACUUCCAACACUUGGAACUCAUCAACCUCAGCAACAACCCUAUGCAGAGGAUGGAUCCCCAAACAUUCAAAAACCUACCAGCCUUGAAGAAACUUAUUCUAAAUGGUCUGAGCCAAAUUACAUUCAGUGCAGAUCUUUUCCACAAUCUCAACUCCUUAGAAACAUUACAGUUGCGAGGAAUAAGCAUGGCCACCUUAGCACCUUUUUCAAGAAUAACAAGCCUUAAAGAUAUAGACCUCUCUAAUACCCCUAUAAGGGAAAUCACAUCAAGUCACCUGACAUCACUGAGGGGACUGGAAAGUCUUACUCUCUGUAAUACCCAACUGUCACUUGAAUCUGUGGGUUUUCUUAGCACUUUAAGAGCACUGCAGCAUCUUGACCUUUCAAAGAACCUCCUUGGACCAAUAAGGAACAAGUUGUUCCCAAACUUGAAGAACCUGACUGUGUUACAACUGAACGACGCACAGAUUGAUACCAUAGUGGAGGAUGCCUUUUCUAGCCUGUCCAGCCUUCAGAAACUUGGCCUGUCAGGAAACAUGAUUUCCAGCAUCAAUAACAAAACUUUUGCAGGACUGAACCAGCUACAGACACUGAACCUGAGCAGGAAUCAGAUACAGACAGUAGAGGCUGGAGCAUUUCAUAACCUUCCUGCUCUUCGUGUGCUGGAUCUUACCAAUAACAGUUUGCACAUCCUGCAAGCUGUUCCACGCUCCCCAACUCUGCAGCACCUGUUCCUGGCACACAACCCCUGGGACUGCACCUGUUGGAACCGAGAGCUCCUCCGCUGGCUGUCAAACAGCGGACAGGUCCAGAUCACCUGCCAGUAUCCCCCUGAACUGACUGGGCUUAAGUCUGAUGAGACCUCUGUAGAAGACCUCCCCUGUCCUCCCCAUAGAAGCACUUCCCUUGUAGCCCCCCUUCACAACAACGUAUAUGUAAUCACAGGUGUGGUGGUACUUGUACUGUUUGUGAUAUUUGGAUUAAUUGCUUUUGUACUGGUGUGGAAGCGCAGGCAGAAAAACCUUCUCUGGCAAAGCCAAACAAGGGUUCAGUUUGUGAGGAGCGAGGAAGACUUGGAAGAGGACAGCUGCAAGGAAAUUACAUCUUGAAUGGCGAGGACGUCUCUGCAAAAUUCUAAUACCUUUUCAUCUAAACUACAGUCAGUCAAACUUGCACACAUUUGGCCAUUGAUACACAGUAUAUUGGGCAACUUUAUGAUUGAUUUGAGAGUAAUUAACUAGCAACUGUUAUAGCUACACACUGCUUGCCAAGUUAUGAAAUGUCUUAAAUAAUAUAGAAUGUCUAAAAGAAUAUUGGAUGUCUAAACGAAUAUUGGAUGUCUUAAA